AUGAAUGGGACAAUAAAAGACGAUAUCGAAGUAUUGAAAAAGUUUGAUGCUGAAGUGAAAGGAAUAAUUGAUUUUAUCAAAUUACAAGAUUUAGAAUUACAUGAUGAUUAUUAUGGAAGUGUCACUAGUGGCAAAGAUACAGAAUUAGUUGCAAUAACCACUAUCAAGAUCUCAUUGACAUGCCUGGAUCGCCUGGAUUCAGUUAGUUUCUUGGUACACGUUGUAAAGAAUGAGAUUCUUACCUGGAGAGAUCCUGAACUUCCUAUGAAUAAGGAUAUAGUAACGCGAGCAUUCAAUAAACAAGUUGAGUUGAUAAAAGUGCAUGGCUCAGAAACAGAGAGAGAGAGAUAA